AUGACCGUAUUAACAUACACAGGUAAAAGUACCAUAGCCGUUACUCUGUUUCGAUUGGUGGAACUGUGUGGGGGUAAGAUUACCAUUGACGGAGUCGACAUCUCAAAGAUUGGACUCAACGACCUACGUGGAAGGGGCGUCUGUAUCAUCCCGCAAG